CUCUGACUCUCUGUUUCCAAACUUAUCUGCUCUGUCUGUAAAAAACACUUCCCCUCCAUUAUGUGUGUUGACAAAACAUGAUUUACUGCUUGGUUCAUAAUAACGGGGACUAUUCCAUUUUCCAUUUUUCCAGUCUUGUUUUGGUUUCACCUUGUUGCCUUCAUUUUCCUGGUUUAAUUUAGUUUGUCUUGGCAUGUGUUUAGGCCAAUAAUGCAAUACAGUAACGUAUAUCACCUGCAAGUAAGUGCAGACUAAUAUAUAAGCCCUGUGAUUUAGUGUUUUCACAGUGAUUUUAUUGCUGUUGCACACAGUUCGUUUAUAUUAUACAGUGUUUGUUUCUUAUUCUAUAUGUACCGUAAUAUUGCAGUGGGUUUGCAGAUGGGAGUUCACUGUAUAGUUCACUGUAUCACUAUGAAGUGAAGAGGACUGAUGUCAUGUUGUUUAGGUGUGUAUUUCCUGUGUGCCUCUAGAUGUUGUUGUGUUGCUCUGUAUUUAGCAUGCUUUUGUUCAGUUUCCAGUUAAAAUGAUCAUGAUGUAAUGCCUUACUAGAAAGAUAACGGCUGUUUUCCUGAUGAAGUGGAGUGUUUUUUCCAGUGUAAUAUGAGUAAGUAACCAGACAGGACAUGCUGCUGGCACUGGAGUGACUGUGCUAAUCCAACAAUGGGCACACAGACACAUUGUUACAGCGUAUCCACAUUCACAUCUGAAUUAACGUUGUUUUCAAUUUAGAUUUUUGCUCAGGCCCUUAUUUGGCCAGCUAUAAUUUUCAGUCAUGCUAACAGUAACCGCACCUUUGAUCCUUUGAGGAAGUUUAGCCAGUUAACUGCAGGCUUAAUGGCUAACUCAGACUUUGUUCUCUGUAACGCUAGCAUGUUGUUACAGUUUAAACUUUAGCAGAUCUCAGGCUGAGACAGCUGCCAACAGAGUUUGGCUGUUAAUGGCUUUCCUUCACGUUCCUUUGAGAUCGACUUUAGCAGGAAGACGAGCCCCCUCAGACACAGGCCACAACAGGACUAUGUGGUUCAGCAAAUCCAAAGCAGCGGUAGCAGCCAAUACGGAGGCUGAGACAGGAUUUGUUCCAAGUGUUCAAGACUUUGAUAAGAAGCUAGCUGAAGCUGAUGCCUACCUACAGAUUCUGAUUGACCAGUUAAAGCUGUUUGAUGAGAAGAUCAAGGACUGCAAAGAAGAUGAAUCACGCAGAAAAAUUGAAAAUCUGAAAGAGACUACUUGUAGUAUGGUAGAGUCCAUCAAGCACUGUAUUGUACUGCUGCAAAUUGCCAAGGACCAAAGUAACGAACAGCAACACGCAAACGGACUUAUAAGCACCAUAAACCCAGUGGAUGGGAUCUACCAGCCCCCUCUGGAUACUCCUGUAGUCAACACCACGAUGCCAACACAGACCACACUACCAACAGACGCUUCUCAGGUGUGUAAAUCAGACCAACGACCCUCCACAUUACCUGUUGGUCCCGUCGUCACAGUGAUGGGCAGUCUGCAGACCCCGACUCCCAACAGCACAGGGAGUGGCCCAUCAGGCCCCAGCAGCGGCGUCGCUUCCCCAGCUCACAUUCCCCUCCCCUCGCACUCAGUGCCAGACUUCAGCUAUUCCUCCAGCGAGGAUGAGUUCUACGACGCUGAUGAGUUUUACCAGAGCAGCACUUCCCCCAAACAUUGCAUAGAUCCCUCAGGCCCUGCUGCCGCCACACCCCUCACUAAUGAAGAAACAGGGUUGAAACGGCCAGACACCACCGAAUCCCUCAACUCGUCCAUGUCCAAUGGUACCACAGAUGCAGAUCAGUUUGACAGCCAUGACGAUCGUGACGAUGAAGGCGAGGGCGAGUCUGUGGAGGAGCACAAGAGCGUCAUCAUGCAUCUGCUCUCUCAAGUUCGCUUGGGCAUGGACCUCACGAAGGUGGUCCUGCCUACCUUCAUCCUAGAGAGGAGAUCUUUGUUAGAAAUGUAUGCAGACUUCUUUGCACAUCCUGAUUUAUUUGUAAGUAUCGCUGAGCAGCCGGAGCCCCGGGAGCGCAUGGUUCACGUGGUAAAGUGGUACCUGUCAGCCUUCCAUGCAGGACGGAAAGGCUCAGUUGCCAAGAAACCUUACAAUCCAAUCCUGGGAGAAGUUUUCUACUGCCACUGGGAUCUGCCCAGCGAGGCAGAGGAGCCCUCCCCACACACGGAGACGGUAUCAGAUGGUCCAGUUCCCUGGUCUUCACCCAACAGUGUGUGUUUUGUGGCGGAGCAGGUCUCUCACCACCCACCCAUUUCUGCAUUCUACGCAGAGUGUUUAAAUAAGAAGAUCCAGUUCAAUGCCCACAUCUGGACUAAGUCUAAGUUCUUAGGCAUGUCCAUAGGUGUCCACAACAUUGGCCAAGGUUGUGUGUCAUGUUUGGAGCAUGAUGAACAUUACAUCCUCACCUUCCCUAAUGGAUAUGGCAGGUCGAUUCUGACCGUGCCAUGGGUGGAGCUCGGUGGGGAGUGCAACAUAUCCUGCUCCAAGUCGGGCUACAGCGCCAACAUCGUGUUCCACACCAAACCUUUCUAUGGAGGAAAGAAGCACAGGAUCACCGCUGAGAUUUUUGCACCUAAUGAUAAAAAGUCUUUCUGCUCCAUUGAAGGGGAGUGGAAUGGAGUAAUGUAUGCCAAGUGGGCAACUGGGGAGAACACAGUGUUCAUAGACACUAAGAGGAUGGGCAUCAUUAAGAAGAAAGUGAGAAAGCUGGAAGACCAGCUUGAAUACGAGUCUCGAAGAUUGUGGAGAGAUGUGACGCUGAACCUGAAGCUGAAAGACAUUGAUGCAGCAACAGAAGCCAAGCACCGGUUGGAGGAGAAACAGAGAGCCGAAGCGAGAGAGAGGAAGGAGAACGAGCAGCAGUGGGAGACUAGGCUAUUCCACGAGGACGGGGAGUGCUGGGUCUACGAUGAGCCUCUAUUAAAGAGAUUAGUCUCACAGAGGCACUGAGAAGACUACACACAUUCUGAUACACACACAUACGUAUGCAUAAAGAGAUGCACACACAGCAGAGUCUUCAUAAGAACUCUUUUGCAAAACCACUUCUUAUCCAAGCCUUGGAAUGACUGAUGAUUGAAUAUGUACACAGCUUUGCAUUUGACUGUAAAACAACAAUAUGGAAAUGAAUGAAAUCAAAUGGAAAAGCAUCAAAGAUGUAACAUGAAAAUUAGUAAAGCUCCUCUCCUUAUUUGGGCAAUCCCACUUCCACCGCCACCGAUACCCACCAACAUGAGACUCAGCAGCGCAGAGAGGAGGCGGGAGUGUCAACACGUCUCAUCUUAUCUCUCGACUCUGUCGGUCAGCUUCACCAUGCCCAUCAUCAGCUCCACAAGACAAGCCAGAGCAGCACUCAUUUCCCCCAUACAUAUGGGUUUUUGUUUUUUUGUUAUUUUUUUGUUUUUAUUUUGGGAGGGAGGGGAGGGGGGUGUGUGAUUGAUGGUGUUCAAAUCAAAUAAACCUUGACAAAUAAAACAGCGCUCUACAUCUCAGGGAAUCUGGUGACUGAGGAAAAAAAAAAAAAAGCUGCUGCCCCCUCCGAGAGUCUGACAGCCUUAUAACGGUGGAACGGAUGAAUCUUAAAGGGGCGGGGAGAAAUUCUCUGCUUGCCUGCAACUAGUUAUAACUGUUGUUUAUAUAUAGAUAUGAUAUACAUAUGAUGGAUAUAUAAAUAUAUAUUCUUUUUUAUUUUCAAUGCUCUUUUUGUUUAUUUUUUUCUUUCUGGCAAUAGUGUAAAAUAUUUGAGGAAAUGAACUUGAUGGCUUUACAUCUUUAGGAAUCAUUCCAUUUACCCUUUUGAUGUUUUGUUCCCAUUUUAAAAGUUAACUCGCCACCUACUUGGUCCUUCACACUGUUCUGUGUCUCAAGUGUCAUCCAGAAGCAAAUCCCUGCGUAACCCACAGCAUAGAUUUAUGGAAUAUAUGCAAUAUAGAAAUAAUUUACGUUGCCUGUCAGUGGACAAAUUUGGGUGUCCAUUAUGCCAAAAAAAAGGUUAAUGAGAAAAGGCUAAAGGGACUUUGAUCUGGACAGAGAACAAACAAUCUUCUAAACAUGUUUCUUUGUUACCUUAAGGCAUUUAUGAACAAAUGAUUGUUUACAUAUUUUUGUCUUUCUGGAUUGCUGGUCUGCGAGGAGGAUGCAAAGCUAGGAUUGAUUCUGUGAAAUCUCCCCUUUUUAUUCUGCACAUCACCCGUCCUCUCCAAAAACCCCACUGUGAUGUCAGAGUGGAUCGCCAUCGACAUCUACUCUCGAGUCGUCAGAGGGCGAGGAGGGUGGAAAUGAGGAACCAGAGUAGACUUUUGAAACACUGCUGCUGUUUCAUAGUGCUGCUAGAGUCCAGGCUGCGUUCUACCAGUUCAGUUUUCUUGUGAUCUUAAUUUUUUGUUUUUGUCCUAUGUUUUUCAAGAUGAGAACUAGCAUAGAGGGCAAUAUUUAUCCCACUGUACACCUCUGCUUUUUCAAACCACCAUUCAUUCUCUUAUUUACAGCUACAUAGGUUGGAUCUAAGUUUAGUCAUGGAUGAGAUACAGAAAUAAAAAAACAGUUUUCACCUGAAAAUGCCUAAGAAUAUCUCUCAGUGCUGUAGCAAGCUCAUAACAGCUCCCCCCUUGUUAUCUUUGUGUGGGUAAGGUUUGAUCGUCUCUUAAAUAUUUGGCUGUUACAUUAUGAAAGCUGAUCGAUUCAAAUAAAUCGAAGGAACCUUUUGAGUCUUUAAAUUCAAUUAAUCCGGUGAAGAGAGCUAUAAAGACAUAUUCCUGGUGCUGUUUGUGCAUCCAGUGACAUAUUAGUUGAAAAUAUAAAUGCCUGUGUUUGCUGCUGUUGACUGUAAUCCUCCUCUAAAGCAGACAAAAAUGCCUUUAGUCACAAGCCAAAUGAAAUUCAGAGUCCAGGCUAAAUUUGAAGCUUAAUGUUUUUUUUUCCUCCAUGUUUUGUCUUUGUAAAUUAUAUUGAAUCGAGGCCUUGCCAUACAUUUCAGUAUCACUCAGUUAUCGCCUGAUAGAGAGCAAUCAAAACAAAUGUAUUUUUUAUUUCCUUCUGAUCAUAACCAUUGAUUGUAUCAGAUCCUCCUGUUUAUUGAUGCAUAAUAUUAAAUCUCCAUGAGUUUA